UGCUUUUCAACUCGGCAUCUCAGACUCCUCUCUCUUGCAUCCUUCCCCUCAGUUAAUGAGCCAUUAUUACAAAUCCUGGACACGAAACGUACAGCCUGAUGCCGAUAGUAUGUCAGUGGCAUUUUCAUUGCUGCAAGUCGAUUGGCUGAUCGACGGCGCUCUGAGGCACAAAGCUCCAUGCAUCAUGUGUUCACUUGUGUAACAGCCCCUCUUUCUGAUUUUGAGGCUUUGUAGAGUCAACUGCGCCGACAAGAUGAAAGCCGGACAGUGGGACGCCCAAAACAAAAAGGUUGUCAUCAACGACAUACCGAUCCCAGAGCUAGGAAAGGACCAACUCCUAGUAAAGAUCAAGUCAGCGUCGCUAUGCCACAGUGACCUGAUGAGUCUGGCGCGCGGCCACGGGGAUACCGUAACAAUGGGCCACGAAGGUGCCGGCGUCAUAGAGAAGAUUCAUUCCUCGGCCGAGGGCAAAGGGUUCAAAGUCGGCGACGCUAUUGGAUUCAACUACUUCAUUAACGUCUGCUACGAGUGUGACGGCUGCCAGAUUCACAACUCGCGCUGCGAGAACACGAACUUGCCCAUGUGCCAGGGCUUCCAUACCAAUGGCUUCUUCCAGGAAUACGUCCUUGUUGAUUAUCACACAGCUGUUGUCUUGCCGCCUGAGAUCGAUGUUCGACGCGCGUCGCCGCUAUUUUGCGCGGGAAUCACAGCCUUUAACGCCAUCGAUAGUUGCGAGCUUCAUCCUGGUCAAUGGAUAGCCAUCGUAGGUUGUGGUGGACUAGGCCAAUACGCAGUGCAAUACGCCAAGGCGAUGCAGUACAAUGUCAUCGGCGUAGAUAUCAGCGACGACUCUCUAGACUCCGCCAAAGAAUACGGCGCAGAUGCCGUCUUCAACUCGAAGACGCAAGCCGACACGUACGUUGACGAGAUACGGAAGCUGAGCGGGAAGGGCGUACAUGCAGCCGCCGUGUUUUCGGGCGCCAACGCAGCGUUCGACGGUGCCAUACCCCUUUUGCGGACUAACGGUCUGCUUAUGGUUGUUGGUAUCGCACUGGAGCCUUUGCAGAUCAACACGCUAGAUCUGAUCACGGGGCGCUAUCGCAUCAAGGCUGAUAGUACGGGCGUCCCUCGGCGGAUGUCGAAGGCUGUUGCAUUUACGGCGAAGAAUAACAUUCAGCUUAAUGUUGACUUUAGGAAAAUUGAAGACUUGCCUGCUAUGGUGGAUGAUAUGAAGAACGGCAAGGCGAGGCAACGGCAAGUUGUUACAUUUGAUUAAGGGGAUUGUUACUAAGUCUUUAGCAUUAUAAAGUCUUUAUCAUUAUAAGAGACUGAGAA